UGUCCCGGGUCCGCUCAACUGAGAGAGAGAGAGACACGCAAUGGAACAGAGCUCAGUUUGAAACGGGACCUCAGACAGUUAAACUGUGGAUGCAGCAGCACAGGAAAUGCCCUGUGAGCCCUUGGUAGUCAUUUAGCGAUUUUUGACUUGACUUCUCUCUCUCUCUCUCUGUUUAACGUGACAGCGAGCGUCAAAGGGGAAACAAGAGUCCGUGGAAUAAGUGAAGGCUAUACAGGACCAUCUCCAGUUCUCCAGUGCGCCAGGAUGCUUGGGAUAAGUCAACAUUUCACGUUGACAACAGUGGCAGUUGCUGGUCUGCUGGCAUGCGUGUUCUCCUUCAACGUGGACCAGAAAAAUGCCGUGCCGUUCAGCGGGCCUCUGGACGACAUGUUUGGUUACACUGUGCAGCAGUUUGAGAACAGCGAGGGGAAGUGGGUUCUGAUUGGUUCGCCGCUGACGGGCCAGCCAGCUAAUCGGACAGGAGACGUUUACAAGUGUCCUGUGGGGAGAGAGAACAACAAAUGUGUCAAACUGGAUCUGUACAAAAACACAACAGUUCCCAACUUACAUGAAGUGAAGGAGAACAUGACCAUGGGAACUACACUGGUGACCAAUCCCAACGGAGGAUUUCUGGCCUGUGGUCCUCAGUACGGCUACAUGUGUGGGCGGCAGCAGUACAUCUCAGGAGUUUGUGCGAAUGUCAGCUCUUCCUUCGAGGUCCUCAACUCUGUGGCUCCGUCCGUGCAAAAGUGUGAGUUGGACAUUGUGAUACUUCUGGAUGGAUCUAACAGUAUCUACCCCUGGUCCAGCAUCGUCGAUUUCCUGCUACGUUUCCUUGAGAAAAUUGUGGUCGGACCUAACCUCUCACAGGUGGGAAUAGUGUCAUAUGGUGAGACUGUGAUGCACAGGGUCAACCUGAGCCAGUUUAACAACACUCGUGAUUUGCUGGAUUUUGUUAAAGACAUUCCUCAGCAACAGGGCUCCAAGACCAUGACUUUCCUGGGCAUUGAUACAGCCAGGAAGGAGGCCUUCAUGCCAGAGCGUGGCGCACGACAUGGGGUGAAGAAAGUCAUGCUGACUGUGACCGACGGAGAGUCACAUGACUCCUAUAACCUAGACGAGGUCAUAAAAGAAUGUGACAACGAUGACAUCGAGAGGUUUGGCAUUGCUGUUUUGGGAGACUAUAAUCGUCUGAACAAAAGUGCAGAAGAAGUGCAGAAGUUUAUCAAGGAGAUUGAGUCCAUCUCCAGUCAGCCGUUACGAGAACACUUCUUCAACGUGUCUGAUGAGGAGGCAUUGUUGACCAUCGUGGACGCUUUGGGAAGCAGGAUCUUUGCUUUGGAAGCUACAACUGGAAAUUUAACCUCCUCCUUUGAGAUGGAGAUGUCCCAGGCUGGGUUUAGUGCACAUACUUCUAAAGAAGGUGUUUUAUUUGGAGCAGUGGGUGCGUAUGACUGGAACGGGACAGUGGUGAUGCACGUGGGUGGAAAAAAUGUCACUCCGAAGAAUUCUACGUUCUACGAUCCACAGACUGAGGCCGGGUACGAAGGACUCGCUGGGUAUCUCGGCUAUGAUGUUCAGUCGGCAUCCACCCCUGAUGGAGUGCUGUACAUCACAGGUGCACCACGGUACAACCACACAGGCCGUGUUGUUAUCUAUCGCCUGAAUGAAAAGGACAACGUCGUCAUCUCACAGAUACUAAAUGGGGAGCAGAUUGGUUCCUACUUCGGCAGCGUUUUGCAGACCCUCGAUGUGAAUGGGGAUUCCUACACGGAUCUCCUCUUGGUUGGAGCUCCAAUGUACAUGGGAACAGAACGAGAUGAGCAGGGACAAGUCUAUGUCUACAAACUCAAGGAUGGCCAAUUUGAGCGCGAGUUCAUUUUAAAGCCUAUCAACCAGUCCUGUUGCACUGCCCGCUCAGCCAGCUGCACUAAUAAAAAUGAACCAUGUGGUGCCCGGUUUGGUACAGCUAUUGCAGCCGUAACAGAUCUCAACCUCGAUGGGUUCAAUGACGUGGCGAUCGGCGCGCCUUUUGAAAACGACCACCGAGGCGCCGUCUACAUCUAUCACGGAGAUAAAACAUCACUGAAAGAGAAAUAUGUACAGCGUAUCCCUGCAGGUGGGGACGGUGAGAAGGUGAAAUUCUUUGGUCAGUCCAUUCACGGUGUCAUGGAUCUAAAUGGAGAUGGAAUUACUGAUGUUACUAUAGGAGGUCUUGGAGGAGCUUCACUAUUCUGGUCCAGAGAUGUUGCAGAGCUUCAUGCCAACUUGACUUUUGACCCUGUUAAAAUCAACGUGCAGCAGGCUCAGUAUCAGUGUGAACACGCUGGACGCAAAUCCGUGUGCGUGCAAACGGAUGUGUGUUUCACCUACAGUAUCAAAUCUGAUCAGCAGGACUUAAACUUUGUUGCAGGGAUCCGCUACAGUUUGACACUGGAUGCUCUGCGUGCAAAAGCCAGGGCCUCAUUUAUUGACUCGGAUGAUAAAAGUGAUCGUAAGAUUACCAGGAACUUCACCAUCAAAGACAGAGAGACACGAUGUGUGCAAGAAACCUUCAUGAUGUCGGCCCGGCUGGAUUUCAAAGACCCUCUCAUGGUGUCUUUGGAAUUUGGAUCAGUUAAUGAGGACCAAGGCCCCGCCCUGGAUGAAAGCCUUCCCAGAUCCAUUAAUAAGACAAUUCCCUUAGUGGACUGUGGAAGUGACGAGAAGUGCAUUGCUGAUCUCUCUCUCAAAGCAGAGCCCAGUGUAAAGACAAUGCUGAUCAAAGCGAGCAAAGACAAGAUUGAUGUGAACAUCAACAUUAGAAACAGCAAAGACAACGCGUACAACACUAAAGUCAGCCUCAGCUUCACGCCGAACAUCAACUACGUUAAAGUCGAGCCGGAGAAGGACUGCACUCUGAAUAACACAAAGGUGGAGUGUGCCGUUGGAUACCCUUUCUUGGGAAGCAACGUAGAGGAAAUGUUCAGAGUGAGAUUUGAGGUCAAUCCUAACCAUAUUCAGAAUGAAAUCCAGAUCAACGUGACAGCUACAAGUGACAGCGAAGAAUUGGCUUCUACCCUGCAUGACAACUCAGUGCAAAUCUCCAUCCCUGUGAAGUAUCAAGCCGGACUCAUAUUCUCAGUGUGGCCCGUGGAUGGACACAUUGUAGUAAAAGAAGGUGAAAAGUAUCCCGCUGUAAUCAAUGACACCAGAAUGAUUGGAGAGGAGCUCAACAUCAGCUACACGGUGGAAAAAUCAGGUGAUAUGGUGAUUCCUCCCCUGGACCUUACAGUGAGAUACCCUCAUAAAUCUCCUCAGAAUAACAAUUUACUGUAUCUGACACACGUCACCACCAGUCCACAGGUGAAAUGUAACACAUCGCGGUUGAUCAACCCUGAGAAUAUUAACCCGAAAGUUGUAAAUCCCAAUCCAAAGACAGAAACACUUGGUGUUUUUGUACUGAGCUGUGAAAACCUCGACUGUGCAUCAUUUACCUGCUCCAUCCCCGAGGCCACUAUCAGUCAGGUCAAUGUCACGUUCAGAGUGUGGAAGCCUACGUUCAUCAAGGGCUCGUUUUCCAGUCUGUACAUGUUGGUGAACGGCACGCUGGGGAUCAGAGACACACACCUGUUUGAACUGAGUAGCAGUGACACGGCCAGAAGUGCGAAGAUCCAGGUUACGAAGGAGACCUUAGGAGGAAUCCCCAUUUGGAUCAUCAUCAUCAGUAUCCUGAUAGGACUGCUGAUCUUAGCACUCGUCAUCUUUGCUCUCUGGAAGAUGGGCUUCUUUAAGAGAAAAUCCAGAGACUUCUCAAAAGAGGACAUGAUGGACUGAGGCAUCCAAAACGACCAGCAGCAAGCAGCUCUGUGGCCGACUGCUUCCAGAGCCAAUCGGGUCGCGCUAAGCGACAGGCAGACUUUUAAACAAACAGUCGGACAGACGGAGGACAAGCCAUAAGACCCUCAGACACCUCAGUGCUACGACACAGUGACGACCUGGAAAACACAAUUACCAUUCACUGUUUCCUAUGCAGGCCUGGGCCAAAUAAUGUUUGCUAAAUACUUCCUGGGGUCUCAUGCACAGAGAGUGCUUAAACAGACACUUUUCUUUUCUCUUGUAUAAAAAAUCGUUGGCACUUACUGUAAACCUGAAGUAUUUGCAAAUAUUAUUUGUCAUAGAUCGGCUUCUUUCUUGCAGAUAUUACACAGUACUCAUCACGUCAGACCAAGCAGUUAAAGAAGAGGAGGGAGGAGGAAGAAACCAGGCAUCUGUUGUCAAAGUAGCAUUUAUCUGUAUAACAUACAGCAGUUCAGAGCUACGAUAGCUGCACUCAAGCUUUAGAAAAAAAAAAAGUACUCAGGUUUUUCGGAGGAUCCGAUGUCGCCUAAGCCACAUCACAUACUUUCUGUGCCAUUACAGCAACAAUGUCCAAAGGUCUACUCAUUUGUGAACUUUACAUGUGUUGGAGCAGUGUGUCUGAUAGCUUAGCCUCUUCUUUUAAAGCUUUUGUGCUUUAUUGGUUUCACGAGACACUGUACCUUUUAGCAUUUUAUUGCAUUUGUUUUGGUUUGAUAGUUUUAACAAUAUAACAUGGCACAUCCUUAAUUUCAAAAUGUUGGCCAAAGACACUGACCUGAAGUUCUAUCUGUAUGCUUUUUUUUUUUUUUUUUUUUUUUACACUAACGUUAACCAGUUUAAAAACAGAAACAUUGUGUCCCGGCUCCGAUGUCCAAUGUUUGUAAUUAGUGUCAAAAUCCAAAACAAAAUCCAAAACUUUGAUUGUACUGUAAAUAGACGUAAAUGCUCAAAAAUGUAAAGCUUAUAAAUGUAUAUAGUUGUGUUUGCUAUAAUUCAUGUAAUUUAAGAGGUUUUGUGGUCAGUGGUCGGAGAAGAUGAUUUUGCUCAGGUGCUACAAGUAUCAUGAAUGAUGACAUUAACAUUUGACAUAUACGAAAAUGAUCUGGCCUGUCUCACAUUUCGAAGCUGAUGCAAAUAUGUAAAUAUUGUUAUAUUUUGAUGAGAAAGUGAAAGCAUAAUUAUUCUGUACUGAAAAUAUACACGAUGGUGAGGGUUUGUAUCCACUACUUUGGUUUUAUUUGAUUGAAGUGAUGUUUAAAGCCUGGUGAAUGACGGCUUAAACGUGAUACAGCUGUAGCAUAUUUUGAUUUCAGCUUUUAAUUUUUGCAAAAUCGAAGCUAGAUUUAUUCCAGUGUAGAAAUAUAUGUGUCACCAUUCACCAGCAGUUGCCAAAUAGUAAAUGGGAUUCAUUGGUCCAUAGGUUGUAGUGUAUAAAAGCUACAAGUUGUACACAGCAUACUGUUGCCUCAAUGUCUCCCCACAUGCGGUACACAGUACCUUUCAGAGUUCUUCUUUCAGGUCUUAUUUGUUUGUUUUUUCCCAGAAGUUGCACAGCUACACAAUAUGUUAGAAGAGAUUAUAUUGUAUAUCGGAGAGACUUGAGUUUGUGCAUCUUUCUCGACUUUUUCCCUCAGAAGAUGGAGAGAAGAAGAGACUCUCGCUCUCCGCUGUCGUCAUGAAGCACAUGUAAUAAAUUGUAUGUAAAGAAUGUGUAACUGUUAGUCAUUUUUGAGAUUGUAUGACUGCAUCAGGCUUAUGCACGAGGGUGGAGGCACAAGACUCUCUUUGCUCACUUGAGGUGGUCUGGGUUCAUUUUCUCGGAUGAUAAGUAAGGCACAAAGUGAGAGUUGUGAGCUCCACCCCAGCCUUCUACACUGCUGUGAAGUCUUCAUUGUAAUGCACUGGUUUGUCAGACUGUAUGCGUCCUCAUCAGCACAGAAAUGAACUGAAUCUUAUGUACAAAAAUAAAAGACUUUUUACGAAAGAA